AGGCGAGUCGUAAUGCAGCAUUCAACACACCAUUUCUCAGGACCUCGGCAACAAUACAAUGAUUGAUUAGAGUGAUCCACACUUUCUUUGAUGCUGCGGCUUGAGAUCGAUAAGCUUGGUCACAAAAUUAUUGAUUACUGACUUCCAGGAUUUAUGCUUCGUUUAAUGAACGAGGUAGAAAUGACGAAAAUUCUUAAAUUUAAUCAGAAACUGAUUGGCGGUUUGUGCUUUUCUGUCGCCAUCUUACUUGUUUGUCUAUACAAAUAUAAUACAAAAGUGGAACUGGACAUGAGGUUAGAAAAACACUCCUCGGAUACACUCGCAGAAAAUGGAGGCGGCGUUACGGGAUUACCAGAAAGAAAUCAAGGAUUAAAUACAACACAUGUCUAUGGACCAGGGGCGGCGUCGGGUGCUACCCACGGGGAGGGUACGCCCAGGCCGGGAGGUGGUGAGACAGUCGUGAAACAACAACCCAGUGGUGACACGCCUGCCGUGUCUCACCAGUCAAGCGGUGACUCGGCCCUGAGUGAGAAGCUGAGCAAACAGCUGGAGACACUCAAACAGCUGUUUGGUCCAGCCAACAACGAUACCGACCUCAAGGACUUGUACGGGUGGCGGGGUCUAGGUCCUGAACAAGGUCUGUACAACUUCACCGUGGUGACCGCCAUGAUGGACAUUGGCCGGGGGGCGUGGCCCAACCAGUCCCGCCCCUACAAGACCUACCUGCUGUAUAUGUUACGUCUGCUGAUGAUGGACAUCAACCUGGUCCUGUUCGUUGACCCCCCGGCUGUGACCUUUGUGGAGUGGAUGAGGCAGGGGAGGGAAAAACGGACGCACAUUUUCGUCAUGGGUUUUAAGGAGUUACCCUACUACAAAUACAGAGAUCGUAUAGCAGAGAUCAUGAACAGCACGGAGUACAAGAAGGACAACGAGUUGGUCAGGGACAAGUUGUGUGAGUCAUACAUACCUGAGUACGACAUUCUACAGUUGGCAAAAAUAUAUUUCCUAGACAGAACUGUCCGCGAAAACCCGUUUAAGACGUCCUACUUUAUCUGGAUGGAUGGUGGAUACGGUCAUGGUGUGAAUGUGUUUCCUGCGGAUCACCUGUGGAUACCCAAAGGAUUAUUCGAACAUUCGGAUAAACUCACAUUCGUCGAACGCACCCCGGGAGUCAAACACUUCGAGGCCAAGAAAGACAAAAUUCACAAGCUGAGCAUCAACGUCCUGCCCGGGGGGUUCUGCGGUGGGGGGUCGGAGGUGAUCAAGGAGAUAUACAAGAGGCAGCAGGAGCAGAUGGAGGAGUGGAUGCGGCAAGGGGUGGUGGACGACGACCAGACGAUGAACAUGUUGAUUUUCUACAAGUACCCAUCCAUGUUCAACAUCGUUAAGGGAGAUUGGUUUGAGGCGUUUAAACUUUUUCACUCACCAAAACAAACAUAGCCGAAAUCACCCCAGUAGUUGGGAUAUAUAUAAUUUCUUUUAUUAUUCAAAAACUUCGAAAAUGAAUCAUUGCGAAUAUUUCUGAUGACACAACAUGGAAUAUUAACAUCGUGAAUUAUUAUGUAGAGUUUAAGACCCGUCCUUAUUGGUUUGUUGUUGUUUUUUUUUUGGUUUU